AUGGCGUCUCCACUUGCCCACAAGACGAGACGAAAAGAAGUUCUCAAUCUUCGCGACAGCACUUUCGCACCCACGAAUCUCCUCGCAAUUCCACGCAUGAACACACGCGUCGAGUUGGCAGAAAUGUCUGCUAACCUUCCAUCUCCUCACAGCGCGACCAAGCCCAUUGUCAAAGACUUCGGCUACUUCAAGACCGGUACUCCAUCCUAUGGCCACGCUCACUGGGACAAAGACCAACUUGCACGAAAAGGAUCCAUGAAGAAGUCCGACAGCAAGGUCGACAUCACUACUGAUAGCCUCCAGUCCGACGCCGAUAGUGUCCACGCCGAGAUUGAGAAUGGCAGCACCACCAGUCUUGCAAGACUUUCUCUCUCACCCUCUACUACAGCCGGCUCCGAGAUCACCAUCCGUCGCACUCGUCCCAACAAUGAUCACAUCAUGAGAAUCCUUCGCGACAAUGGCGAGCAGUCCGAUGAGAGUUCAGGAAACUCUGGUACCCCUGGUCGCACUCGUCCAAACAAUGAUCACAUCAUGAGAAUCCUUCGCGACAGCACCAACCAAUCCGAUGACCAGGUCAUCAGCAUUCUCGAGGCAGCAUUCGAAGGUCCGACUGAAGAAGCACCAGCUACGCCCGCCGAAAUCGUCCAAACACCUUCCCGCAAAUCAUUGGGAUCUUGGGGCAAGAAAUCUCGCACCUCUACAGUCGGCACCAAUGGCUCUGUCUGCUCAUCCACUCCCACCGCCACGAACUCCGGCAAGCGCGUCCCAUCAAAUGGUUUGCGUGAGGCAUUCAGCACCAUCUUCCGCCGCGAUAGCGUCGCUGGCUCCAAUGCCAGCAAGACACCGGUCCAAGACAAAGAUAAAGCCGAGAAAGAAUCUCCUGGUUUCUCUAGCAAGAAGUUCGCCGAAGAUCGUGAACUGUACCUCCGCACCAUCACCGCCUCCCUCCCACACGGCAACACCAACAUGUACCCCAAACAUCCCUUCACCAACAAGCCCUGGAUGCACCGCAACCUCCGCUGCACAACCUGCACCGACGAAUGCUGCAACCGCUGCGGAAGAGCCUGCUGCGCCCAUCGUGCUGCCGUCCUUGGUCUCAAGAAUCAUCCUACCGGCGAGAACCACUUCAGAGCUAGAGGCCGCCUCACUGAACUCGAGAAGAUGUAUCCGUACGGGAGGGAAUUGCCGACGUUCAUCAAGUGCUUGGAGUGCGAGAAGUUGAUGUGUCCGGAGUGUUGUGGGGAGUGUGCUGAGCCGAUUUGCAAAAGUGUUGUUUGUCGGGGGUGCAAGAGCGAUCCGUGGGUAAACUGUGAUUGGCAUUAG